AUGAGAUUAAAAUUUAUAAUUAAUGAUCGCGACAAGAUUAAAGGAUUUGUCUAUAGUAUUCAAAUGUUGUCUAAACAUACAGAUCGGCUAAUAUUUGUUGUUAAAGAUAAUUUGAUGACAGUUCUUGUGGAACAUCCUACUUGUAUGUGGAUAGACAUUGAUGUAUUAAGACUAUUUCAUAAAUAUGAAUUUGACGGGUACAUUGAUGGUGAUAAAGAAGAAGAUUUUAUUUAUUUCGAUAUAAUUGCUAGUCAGCUAUUAUAUCCACUUGAAGCACUUUUAUCAAGCGAAGUAGACUAUACUGAAAUAUCAAUCGUAAAAAAUAAUGUUGCACCAUUCCUUAAAGUUUACGCAAAGCCAGGUUCUGAAGAUAAUAGUGCAGUUUUCAACAGUCAAAUUCCAAUGAUAAUCAUACCAAAAAAACAGUGGAAAACAGUAAAGAUCCCUAGAGAUUUACCAUAUGAUGGAUAUUGCAGAAGUCCAAGAUUUCCAAUUUUUCGCAACUAUAUUGAUAUUUACCGAAUUUUCAAAAUACUCAAGUUUCGCAUACAAAGCAAUGGACUGGCUUUAGAAGGAGGAAAUGAAUUAGCUAGCCAAGUAUUGACUUAUUUCGAAGAUGUGAUUCCUAGAGAUGAAUAUGGAAAAAGGGCAGAAAAGUCUAUUUGCGCAAUAGUAGAUUCACGACGGUUAUCUGGGAUUUAUCAUUCCAUCAAUAUCCUUAAUUUAAUGAAACCGAGAGUUGUUUGUCGUGUCAAGCACUCAAAAUAUUUAUUAAUGGACUUUUCCAACGGAGACGAAACAAUUCAUUAUAAAUUUGUAAUGGAAAAUUUGGAGGAAGUCGUUGAUGAUGAUAAUUAUAAAAUGUUCGAGAAAUAUCGCCAAGACGGCAAUUUAUUUUAA